AUUUACGAACGCCAUUGACUCUCUCGUUGGAAUGCUCGGCGUCUGUGCGAUGUAACGUAUACAAGCAAUGUAAAAAAAAUACUCUCUUUAAUUAUAACCUCAAGUGAUACCGUACCACAAGCAUAAUACACAUUCGCAUUAGUGCAUAAUACCUCGAGUAGUGACUCUUGAUUUAAUUACAAGAUUUUAGAGGGUAGUUAUGAAGUUCUCUCAGGGUGCUGAGGUGCUGGCGAAGCCGCCGAAUGCGAAGGAGUAUCAGAGAGGAAUUGUUCUCAGUUCUAAAGGGGAUAAAUACAGGAUACUCUUCGAGGGAGGCGUUGAGGUCAGCGUCUAUGAGGAGGAUGUGCAGCUAGAGCGACCAUCUCGCAGUUCUGCAAGAACUCGUGCCCGUAACCUGAAGAGCCCCUCGCAGAAGUCUCCAAGUCGUCAGUCCCCGAGUCGAAAAUCCCCCAGUCGAAAGUCCCCCGGCCGACGUUCUCCAGCACGAUCUCCUACCUCAAAAAUCCGGAAACUCCCGGCUCGUAAAGCACCGCAGGAUCGAGAAGAAGAGAAAUACACCUCGACGAUGACCUCCAGUGAGGCCGAUCCGCAGAGCGAGAUGAUCCCUACGCAAUCUCGCACGAGGGACACCCCCACCGCCACGAGAAGAUCGACGAGAAUUCUAGCCAUGAAGACCGAACGAGUUGUCACGACGAGAUCGAUCGAUCGGGCAGUCUCCCUCCCCGCUGAGAGGAAAAUCACGUACGACUACCUCACCGACACCAGGGAGAGAGGAUAUUCAGUCCAGAGGGAUCAAGAUCUACAGAAGCUCCUCCACUACGAGGAGGAGGCACUCCCGGACUCCUCGACAACUGUCGAAAAAAUUAAUAAGGAGAAAGAACUGGAGCGUGUGGCCAAACCCCAGGAAUGGGGCGGUUGGUUCGGUGCUCUGUGCCUUACCCUUCUCCUACCGAUCUCAAUAAUUUUACCACAAAUUGCCUGUUACAAUAACAAGUGCAACAACACUGGCUUUCGUCUGCCAUUAAAGUUGCACGUUUACUUUGAUCUCAAUGCUACAUUGUACUAUACUGGAUACCUUUUGUUCGUGACUAUUGGAUCCUUGUUACCUGUUGGAAGGCUCGUUGAUGGACAGCAGGACAAGAUUGGACGAGUACAAUAUCGAGUCAAUGGUUGGCUCACUGCAAUAAUUUGUCUGGCUGCAAUGGGCAUUUGCGAAUAUCGAUUUUAUAGAGUCAGUGAAUAUAUUCUUGCCUCGAUCCUCCAGUUGGCGGUCAGCGGAUGGAUUAUUGGGACUAUCCUCGCUGUCGUGCUGUAUAUCAAGGCGGGAAGGGCUCCUGUUCAUGCCCUGAACAUCUACGGAUCCACGAAUAAUUUCAUUUAUGACUUCUGGCAAGGGAGGGAGAUCAAUCCACGCAUUGGAAAACUUGAUAUCAAGACUGUGCUGGUGCGAGCUUCUGUCAUUGGAGCGCUUCUUAUCAACUCGGCGAUUGUCAUUCAGACUGUCCAGGAUGUCGAGCUCUCUUCGUGGAGUGCUAAUACCACCGUUUUGAUGGUCACAGGACUGCAGAUUUUUUACUGUCUUGAUGCACUUGUCUUUGAGGGAACCUCCCUCACGUCAUUCAGGGUCAUGUACGAGGGGACUGGGUACAUGACUUGUGUGGCUAAUUUACUGUAUCCGUUCUUGGUGACUCUGGUGACGAGAUACGUUUUUUAUCAGAAUGUUCAGAAGUCAUCUUAUGUCCUCGCUGCCUUGAGCUUCUCCUUCUUCAUGGGAUAUCUGAUUUAUCGUAUGAGCAAUAACUUGAAGGAUGAGUUUAGACGAAAUCCAUAUGGAACUGGAGUUUCAAAUUUGGAGACAAUCCUGACGCCGCGAGGAAAGAAACUCAUUGUUUCUGGUCUUUGGGGACAAGUGAGACAUCCCAACUAUCUUGGGGAUGUGAUAAUGAACUGGUCCAUCGCCGGAGUAUCGUUAUUCACUCACGAAAUUAUCCCGUAUUACCCCGUGCUCACACUCACCCUGGUACUCAUGCACAGAGCAUACCGUGAUCAUGUUCGUUGCAAAACACGUUAUGGCACGGCCUGGUCGCAAUACUGCUGUCAGGUGAGAGCUCUCAUCUUCAAACGCAUUUAUUGAGAUCAGUGAGUGAGAUAGACGAUAAAUUUAUGAGAUUAAUUAUGACAUUAAUGAGAAAUUGUGAUUACGUGUCAUUUUUACACGUAAAUAUUAACAUAUGAAUUCUCUACAAAUAUUGAGGAUAAUUUUCAGGUCUUUGAAGUCAAUAUAUAUGUGACAUUUUUUUCAUUCAGGAAAUGAAUGAAGAAAUAAAUAAACUAGGAACUAAAAUCAAAUCCAAUAUAAAAUAAUCAAUCACUGAAAUAAAUAUUUUAAUCGUCUUUAUUCUCUAAAAUUGGAAUAUUGCUAGCUCAACUCAUUAAAUAAAUAUUAAUAUUAUUGUAUCGGAUUUGAUUGUAGUCAACUCUACUGUUGUUCGUAUUUACAGUAUUGUUCAGUAAAGGAAGUCUCGUUUCGAAAGAAAAUAUUUAUUGAUUUUAAAGUCUUAGAAAUUGGAUUGAAUUUGUUUAUUGAAAUUUCGUGUUGAAUUGACAGGUAAUUUAAGAUGUAGAAAGAAAAUUGUUAUAUAAUCUACCAUUCCACAGUCUCAUUUUUCAUAAAUUAUGAGUCUGUGGGACUCUGCGAAAUGAAGGAUUUUAAACCUCGUCGACAAAUAUUUUUCUGAAUUGUACAAACUUUCAAAUUUUUUUUCAUUGAUUUUUUUUUUCCUCACAUUGUGGAAGUUUACUAUCACCUGAUCAAUUAUAAAAUUUUAAAAAUGCAAAAUGACUUAUGAAACUGUAAAACUUUUAAAGUUAAAGUUGAUAAUAUUUUUUAAGUUAGUUAUUAAGUAAAUAAUGAAACAGCAGAACGACAUGUCAUUAUUUUAUAAGAUAAAUUAGAAAUUUUAUACCUUUAUAUGUGACAAUGAGUAAGACGAACGCAAAAUCAUUGUAUUAAUAAAAUUAAUUUUUCUUACAAACGUGGGACAAUCAUUGAUUGUUAAUUGAAUUCGUAUGUAGAUAAUCGACCGGUGAUUGCGGUAUGUACUGAGCUUUGAAUGUUUGGUCACGAUCUCAUUUAUUUUUAAAUAAAUAAUUGCAAAACUAA